AAGAGAGGGAAGGGAAAAAAACACAAGGAGGGGGAAAAUAUAAGAGAAGAACACAGGAAACAGGAGGGAGAAGAGGGGAGGGGAGAGAUAUCAUAUUGUUCAUUUCUCCCUCUCAGUCUGCAUUCCCGGUUGAGAGAGAGAGAGAGAGAGAGGGAGAGAGAAAGAGAGCGAGAGCGAGAGCGGAAUGCUCCUUUACAGGCGUCGCAUCUGACUAAAACAGCGUAAAUAGGAAACUGGACUGAGAGGGAGGCAGCAGUUUGUGCAACGCCAAGGGAAAGUGAGAGGGGCGUGGGUGUCGCUCAGUUACACAUGAGCACAUCAGUCUGGUCUUGGUGAUCCGGACCAAGACACCCCUCAGAGCCCCUCGUGUUCCGCCUACAGCCGCCCCUGCCUCCCUCUUCUCAGGUCACACCUUGUAAAAGGUGGACGAGCCAAGACUCUACUUACCCGAGUGCCGUCCGCUAGGUGAGGGCGGGCGAGGGCUGUGUCAUCAUUGGCUGGCUGCUGGUGAGAGUGCAAUGCAGAUUGGAGGAUGUCGGGGGACUGGGAUGAAGACCUGUGUAAGAAGGCGCUGAUGUUGGUGGAGGAGCUGUGCUUCAACUCCCAAAGAGGUUACAGCCAGAGCAAAAGCUGCCUGGAGUUCAGCUACCUGCUGAGAGGACGCAACAGACAGCUGGACCCAGAGAUCUCUGUCAGUCUGCUGUCUGUUAUUGUGACAUUCUGUGGCAUCGUCCUCCUCUCCGUCUCCCUCUUCGUCUCGUGGAAGCUCUGCUGGCUGCCAUGGCGGGACAAGGAGGGCGGAGGCUUGAGUCUGACGUCGGGGCUGCUGCCUGGAACCGCCGGUGUUGGAAACCUCGGAGGUGCAGGGGGCUCGUCGCUCUUACCCCCGCUGCUGCAGAGGAAGGAGGGCCACUCCUCAUCCUCGCUCUACCCCACCCUGGGUCAGCAGGGCCAGCAUCACCCCCACUUCUCUGACCUGGUAGGGCUGGAGAGAGGGGAGGUUGGAGUUGUGGUUGGGGGGCCGAAUGAGACCCAGGAGCAUUCAUACCUGGACAUGGAUUCCUACCCCAACAACGCUGGAACUCUGAAGCUGAGUCAGACGUCUCCAGACGUGCCCAACACAGAGGGUGGAGCCCAACCCCCAAAAGACCUGCCCAACGCUCAUUCCCAGCAGCAGGUCACCCCUCGGCCCAAGCCGAUGACUCACCAGCUCUCCAGUCCUGAUUUCCACGGCGAGGAGAAAGAGCAGGUGACCUGUAUUGGGCAGAUAAAACCGGAGCUCUACAGACCCAAGGGCGACCAGGGCGAAGGCAAACAGGGCGACACCUGCGGCAAGAUCAGCUUCCUCCUGCGCUAUGCCUUCAAUACGGAGCAGUUGGUGGUGAAGAUACUGAAAGCUUUGGACCUGCCAGCAAAGGACGCCAACGGUUUCUCUGAUCCUUAUGUCAAGAUCUACCUACUGCCAGACAGGAAGAAGAAAUUCCAGACCAAGGUUCACAGAAAGACCUUAAACCCAAUCUUCAAUGAGACAUUUCAGUUCGGCGUACCGCUGAAUGAGCUACAUUCCAGGAAGCUGCAUUUCUCUGUGUACGACUUCGACCGCUUCUCCAGACAUGACCUGAUCGGCCAGGUAGUGGUGGACAACCUGCUGGACUUCAGCGAGGGCAGUGGGGACAAACCUGUCUGGAGGGACAUCGUAGAGGGCACUGCGGAGAAGGCCGAUCUCGGGGAGCUUAAUUUCUCGCUGUGUUACCUGCCCACCGCUGGCAGGCUCACUGCUACAAUCAUCAAGGCCACCAACCUCAAAGCCAUGGACCUGACCGGCUUCUCAGACCCGUACGUGAAGGCCUCCCUGGUCUGUGACGGGCGAAGGUUAAAAAAGAGGAAGACUUCCAUUAAGAAAAACACACUGAACCCCACGUACAACGAGGCGCUGGUGUUUGACAUUCCCAAUGAAAAUAUAGAAAGCGUAUCCAUCAUCAUUGCAGUGAUGGACUAUGACUGUAUUGGUCAUAACGAGGUUAUAGGGAUGUGUCGUGUAGGAAGCGAGGCUGACGGUCCAGGAAGAGAGCACUGGGCAUCCAUGCUGGGCAAUCCGCGCAAGCCAAUAGAGCACUGGCAUCAGCUUGUGGAGGAAAAAGCAAUUGGUACAUUUGUGUCGAAGAGUGCUGCAACAUCCUCCCCGAAGCCACACAUCGUUGUGGACAGUCCUCACUCCGAUUAAAAACUGUCAUUACUGUCUCUCCAGCUCCAGACUUUCCUUUCUUUCCUCUCAUCUGUGAAUAAUUCUCUCCAUCAAAGAAAGAGAGACACAGGGACACUGCUAGUGUCCAACUGCUACUCGCUGUUUUGCUCCUGCUAAUGAAUCCUCCACGUCCUGCACUGUCUUUAUCUGGCCCGGGAAAAACAACAACAUCGAACACGGUCGACACGUCGAGCAACAGGCUACACACAUCCAAACACAUGUGGACAUUAAUUGGUACAGUGGGGCUGAAUAUCAGGUGUAAUUUUGGGAUCUAGCACGGGAACACACACACACACGAGAUUACAGUAUGUGCGUAGUUCAUGUGUGUUUCAGAUUUAGUGUAGAAUCUCAUCUAGCAGGAGUGUGACGUGACACAUUUUUCUCUCUUGAAAACAAACAAAAAAAGGAAAAAUAGACAGAACAUCAUAGAAUCAUCACGUCAACCAGGACCAAAGGUUCAUGCCCUUGUACCGACUAGAAAAGAAGAAAAUCACCGUGUGUCCAGCAUAUGCCAUACCGUACUGGAAAACACUUUUUUUUUUUCCUGUAUAGAACAGACACAGCAUCCAUGGAGGAUUCUCCCGGCCAUUUUGGACGCCUUUCCCAGGCUCCUCACAAUCUGGUUUUGGACUUAUCUCGCUUAUUUUCCCCAGAGGAAUGACAACGAAGCAUCCAGUGGUCUUUAUUGAUGUCAGAGGAGCAAAAAAAUGAGAACAGACUCAUUGGUCUAAGCAUGUAACACAACCUUAAAAAUGUGUCCCAAUACGUCAUGCUUUUAGUCACAGUCCUCAUGGUGCUCGUCUGUAUCAGAUUUUAUUCUUUUGAAUGAUGUGUCUUUUGUGUCAUAGAGUAUAAAUGUAACCAUCAGGAAAGGAUUUUAUUCAUGCCAUUAUUUUUUUUUUAUACUGUCCACCAAUGAUGAGAUGUAUAAGCUAAAGAGAGACACGGACUGUUUGUUUGCCCCCAGCUUUCUGGCCUAAGUGGCACAUUUUUCCUAAAAUAGGACGAGACGGGUUGAAAAACACAGCCUGUGUUUAGGACUGGACCAGCAUCAGAUUGGAGUGUACUCGCUGGAGGACGUAUACCAGGGAGAGAUAUCACCACUCUAUUUUAUUUUUCUACCAUUCCGGGACUUAUUGUUUCCUUCUCUCACGACAACCAUCGCUCACCUUCAACUGAGAAACGUCUCUUCAAAAAUCUCCACAUACUUUCCCUGACAAGACUUAAGAAGAACACACACACCUGUGUUGCUUUUAUUAGUGUGUUUGUGAGUGUUUGUUUUGUAUUUGUGCGUGUCUGUGUGUGUGUGUGUGGGUGCGCGUGUAUGUGUGUGUCUCUGUGACAGUGUGCGUGACACGUUACUGUGCUCACCGCCUCCCUCGUCCUUUUUCUGUCUUCACGUCCCUCACUUCCCCCCCCCCCGGCAUUCAGGGACUGAAAUGCUUGUCUCAGAGCCAAACGUGUCCCAUGUCUUUACAAGAAACCAUUUUUGUGUGUCCACGAGUGUGUGUGAGAGUACGUUUUGGGUGUAUGUAUGUAUGUAUGUGUGUGUACUUUACAUGCCUCAUUGCACUAGGUGGGGAAACUUGUCUUUCAUAGACAUUAGUUUGUAUUGUCUAUGUCGUCUCUGAAAUCAGCUGCCAAUCAUUCUACCCUCCUUUCCUCUCUAACCCUUUGCCUGAUGUAAGUAACUGUGUUGAUCGUGUACUUCUUUCAGUAAUUUGUGUACUGUAUGUGCGAGGAGGGAAAAAAAAAAGCAGAUGGCACAGUUGUUGAAAAUUAAAUUGUUGGGUGUGUUUUGAUUCAAUUUACCAGAAGGGAAUGCUUAUAAAAGAAAGAAAGAAAAAAAAAAUCCCAUCUGAGGCUCAUUUGUUACGGCCUACGGAUCAUGACAAAUUUAGAUCCCCUUUAAGCAAGACAACAGGGAGGAGGUGUUGUGAGAGAAUAGGUGCGUCGUGGAACUUCUACACUUCCUAUGUAAUCUGAUACAGACCUAUAAAGCCGUGUCUGUCACUGCUACUAUUGUAACCUCAGCAAACAAACGGGACAACACCUCACUACAGCUACUACAGUAUUGCUGUCGUUGCCAUUUGCCUCUCAUUGUUUGACACAAGAACACACACUUUUAUCACAGAGGUCUGUGUGUGUGUUUGUGUGUGUGUUUGCUUUAGGGGAGGGAUCCACUUUGUUUAUUUCUUUUUUCUUUUACCUUUGGAUCAUGGAACUGCAGUGAGAUUUACUGGUGUGCUUAAACAGGUAUUUGGAAGGCGAACACGACCUGCAUAAUACCCGGCAAGUACUCGAUGUGGUUUGUCACCUGGGGUGUUAUUGAUCAGCUUGUAUAAGUAGAUAUGGUAUUGAUCCAUUGGUCGCAAGGACCCAUAAUUCUCUCUCUCUUUCCCAGCCACCAUCUCGCGCUCCCUCCCUCUCUCUCUCUGCUUGUGUCUACCCUAUUUAGCCCUUGUGUUACAGCCUGGUGAUAGAUUACAGAACUCAUAGUGGAACCAGCACUUUCCCUCACUCUCCUCCUCCCUCUGUCUGUCCCCCAUCUCCCUCCAUUUUUGUCUCUGUCUUUACCCUUGCUUCUGCUCAUCUCUCACUCUUUUUUUUCUACCAUCCCCUGCUCCAUCUGCUCUUUCUUUCUUUCUUUCUUUCUUUCCUCUGUGCCCCCCCCUCCUCCCUCCUCAACUCUCCUCCUCUCACUGUCUUCUCAUGUUAGUGCAGUUCUGAAUGGUCAUGGGGAAACAUGUUUGCAUGCUUAUAUUAACAUGAAUGAUGUCAACUUGAUACAAUGAAAAAUUAUAUAAGAGAUGCUUUAAGCAAAAUCUGACAAUGAACUUGAUACUAAUACUACUAAUGACAACUAAGUGGAGACCUCGCAUUUGUUUAUCUAUGUGGUCAAAAACAACAAUGAUGAAAUAACAUUGUUUUAUGCUGUAUUUAUCUUUCUCAAAUUGGUAUUCUUUUUGAUUUUCUGUUGUUUUUUAUAUAUAAUUUAUUCAAGAGGUUUACUUUUUUAUUGGUUUAUGCUGAGAAUUUGAAUGGGGGGUUUAGUCAGGGGAGAUUGUUUCAGUCGGGACAGCUGUAUCAGGAUGCAGGAUGUUGGUGAAUGUGUAACAGUAUGACUGAAGCAAUGAUAAAGGAAAUAAAGGAUAUGUAUAAUCCA